GUUUGAACGCGCGGGAGAAACAGAUAGAGCAAACAAUGACAGCGGUAUAAUCCUUAUAAUUUGGUUCAUAUUUGCGGAAUAUACCAUCACACAAGAAGCCGACAUACGAGGUGGUACUGAUUCUGCACUCACAGGAUGGCAGACGACUUCAGCCAGUCCCUCACUCCACCAGUCUCACCCUUUGCAGCAGAUAGCCUGUAUGGGCUGACUCCAGCCCCACCACCAUGCUUUUGUUGCUCUGAAACACAGGACGACCCAACUGGAACACUCCCCACAGAGGGGUACACUGCUAGAGGCUCCCUGAAACGGUUGCUGUUGUGUCUUGACCCAGCCCCUGCAGAUUAUGAGACGGACACAGUGGAGAUUUUUGGCUUUACCUGGGUAACAGAGACAGCACUGGUGGAAUCUACAAAGCUACUGUUUUGUCUGUUCAGACAAAGGGUUUACAGGUUGGAGACCUUGGUGCAGUCCAGCUCACAUGACUUUGGUCAAGGAGGGAACCUCCACUACGAAGCAGAAGACCUCAGACAACAGUGUGUUUCAUUUCUUCAGUAUGUCAAAGUUUUUGUACACAGAUAUCUGGAACCUUCUAGCUCCUUGGAUGCAGGCCCAUCCCACCUCUAUGAGGAACUGGAAGCUCAGCUCCCUUCUUUUCUUCUGGAGGAGCUGUUUGGCAUCACUCUCCUCAUUGGACGACUCAAAGAUCUGCCUGCCAAUGUUCAGAGUGCCUUCACUAUGCAGAACUAUGGAAAGAUUUUUCCUCCCUCUUGGCAUUUGCUACACCUUCAUCUUGACAUCCACUGGUCAGUCUUGGAGAUCCUCCACCUACUUGGUCACAAGAUGCAAGGCCAGGUGGUGUACGCCCACCAGUUUGUGAACCUGACAGGCGAGAACCUAACUGAUACCAGUCUGUUUGAAGAACACCUGUGCAGUCUGCUCUGUGAUCUCACCAGUCUAGCCAUAGGCAAAUACAGCAAGGUAAGGCCUACCGAGGCUCUAAGCAGCCAUCACUACCUUUGCUCCUGCACCAAAGAGCUGUGGGUCCUUCUCAUGCACCUACUGGAAUACAGGAAUAAAGUGCUGCACACACAGUCAUUUUGGAGCUAUAUGAGCUCAUUGCUGAGGCCCCUGGUCUCAGGGAAGCCUGCAGCAGAACAGUUCCACGGCCUCCCCACUCACUGUAAAGACCCUCUGGGGUUCACUUGGUGGCUGGUCACACAUUUGGCAAUGUUAGGCCAGUACAGCUGUAAUGGCUUGAUCCAGAAUGAGAAACAUCUGAAGCAUAACUGGGCUUUUGUUGAAGAGUUGCUCAAGUUAUCUUGUAACCCCAAGGGAGGUCUAGCAGAGGAGCAGAUUAGGAUGCAUGUCCACUGCUGUCUCAGUCUCCUUCUGCUGUGGGAACCGAGCACCAGCGCCGUCUCCAUACUGUGGGACUAUUACAGCAAGAAUCUGAAUGCCUCAUUCUCUGUGCCCUGGCUCGGGAUGUCUGGUCUGGGCACUUUGUGCAAGACACCUCUGGCUCUGUUGGAGCAGGCCCACAGCUGCUGCUGCCCUUCUCCCCUCCAGUCUCCAGGACACACCCAACUCUACCGCUCAGCCAACUCCUUCCACAUCUUCCUUCGACUGUUGGCCCUGUGCCUUGCCCAGGACAGGGCUGGUGGAGUCCCACAGAGACAGAUCAAAGGAAGGAUUUACUCCAAGUUCUUCCCAAAGAAGAUGCAGGAGUUGUCGGAGGCAGGCCUCAUGAACUUCCUGCUGCUGUUUCUGGUGGUGGCCCACCAGGUAGACCUGGAGGAUGUAGCCAGCAGAGUCUCUGAGCUGUUAGGCUUCCUUCCCUCUAACUGCCCCCUUGGGCAUCGCACCUUGGUUUGGAGGGGACACCUAUCACUGCUGUUGCUGUUCCAGAAGAGGGGUCUGGACGUGGGUGCCCAGGCUAGCUGGGUGGCUUGCUCCUUUAAUGAGACAGCCAAAGAAUUCUACAAUAAGGACACCGAGGUAUCUCGCAGACUUGCCCUCUGGGGACCGCUUGGCUCCUAUCUGGAGGGUGUGACCGAGGUGUUUGAGACGAGCACCAGUCUCACUCUGUCGGAGGAAAAGCUGCUAAACGAGGGAUUUGACUGGUUGCUGCCUGCUUGCCACCAGUCAGAGCUGAAUUCUGCCCUGGGCUUUCUGCAGAUUGUCCUUGCCCAGCUAAGACGGGUCCAUCAGUGCAGUGUCCAGUCAGCACUCACCUUGGCCUGGGCUGCUGUUACUCCUAAUGCGGUGAAAGAGCGCCACCUAGCGGUAGCAGCAGCACUCUGGGCACACUUCUUCCCCUUCCUGCGCAGACUGUGCCUCUCGCAGACCCCUCCGGCACAGCUGGCAGAUGCUGCUGCAGGAUUCACCCUGCUUGCCUUUGACCUGCCCAGCUCUGUCCCCCAAGACCUUCAGCCUAACCCAGUCCAGUCCAUCAUGCAGUGCUUUGGCUGGGACGACAUGGUUCACCCACUCCUGGUGACUCGCUACCUUCCCCAUCUACUCCAGAACAGUGAGCUGGUGUCCUCACUAAGCAGUGAGUCUGGCGUUGUGUCAGGUUCUGCACAAAGUCUGUCAGUGAGGGCCUGGUUCAGAUGUGUUCUACAGCAGUACCUUCACAAGAAUGCAGAUGGGUUUGACAGCAGAACAGGGCGUGCUGUGGAGGAGCAGUUGUGUGAACUGACCCGGCUUGUCCUGAGGCUCCCUGAAGUAGAGAGUCUCCUGCAGAGAGCUGGCCUCCAGCCCACAGCCAACAGGCCUGAACCCACUACAGUCCUGGAGGUGUUUGUCAAGGCUAUAGGCAGAGUGUACAGUGGGUUGCAGGUUUUGAAUGAGCGUUCAGCCAUGGUGACCAGAGCUCUGAACUACAUCGGAGACAUCCUCAAACACAUUAAACCCUGUCUGCUCAGCAAGAACCAAGAGGGAUUGCAGCUAGCCUAUUGGGCUGUUGGCUGCAUAGUGAAGUACUGGAGCCCCCUGCUGGCCACAUCUAAAGCCCAGCAGCUGCUCUGCCGCAUCGUGGAUGUGCUACUGCUUCCCCACAACCUCACACAGCGGGACAAAGCUCUCAGGGACAGCCUGCCAUUGUAUCUACAGGGUUUGUUGGUGGCAUCCAAUGUUUCACAAUCUCUCGGUGCUCACCUGAAGAAGCAGCUCCGCUCAGUUAUCUACAAAUACCUAGACCAUUUCCUUCCUGCCUCACCUUCCAUGGGCAACAUCGCUAACCACCCUGUGCUUCUGGGUGCCUGUGAGGCCAGCCCGACUGCCCAGGGGGCAGCACUGAGGAGGACCGUCCUAGAGGUGCUUUGUGAGAGCUUCUUGCAGUUUAAAGGUCAUGCCCCUCCACCUCGCCUCUCUUCAGUCCUCAUGUUCCUGCUAGAGCUUCUGAGACGAAACAGCGACUCAGACCCCACCCAUCUCACUCUGGCCCUCCCACCUCUGCUACGCUGUGUGAUGCUGGUUAAUGAUCCACAGGUGAGGAAGACGAGCACAGAUGCCAUACAGCUUGUGGUGGAGCGAUGCGGUGCUGCAUCUACAGAGGGACCGUGUGACCAGAUGAUUACUGCCUUACGGUCAUUUGUGGAGGAGAAUGAAAGCACCUAUGACAGACAGGUCUACAGUGUUUUAGAGACGCUGGCUGUUUUAGAUCCGUCCGUGGUUCAAGCUCUCAUUCCCCACCUGUCUCUCAGUCUCAGAAACACCGAACACAAGAGAGGACAGGGCAGGAAUAUCGCCCUGAGGAGUGCAUAUAGGAAGUUGCUGUGCCUGCUUGGGGACAGUGGGCAGGCUGAAAUAACCAGUUUGGAAGCAGACUGAAAAGUUUUUUUUUUCAGCUCCAUGAAUGUCUGAGUAGACAUUUUGUUUUGGCCACAUUUCUUGAUUUGAUCACCAGAAAGGACAUGUUACAAGGGGAUCUUAUAAAAUAUGAGGCUCAAGAGCUCUAAACCAUCUGUGAUCAUGCUAAAACCUAAACCACAGUUAUAACACUGUGGAAAAAAAAUACAGCAUAGAUAAACACAACUGGAAAAUGUUUCAUCAGCACUACUUAAUGAGCUUUAUAUGUUCUUCAUGCUGGAGCUCAGGAUGCUCCAAUCAUAGACUACAAGCCUAAUGUCUCCAGGUUGUAUGUAAAAUGUAGCUUUUGUAAAAAUAAAAAAGGUGCAGAUACAUUAUUAAUGAAAUGAAAUGUGAAAAUAAAUAUGAAUGUGUUCACACCAGUCCCUCCAUCUCUUCAUCUCAGCUCUAUAGCGAGUGAAGUGUGGAAUGUGAGCCUUAAAGUGAGCACGGACUAUUUGUACUUAUACCAUCAGGUGCUGGAUCUCUCUCUCUACUCGCAUGGCACUCUGAAUUACAGAUUUGAUGACAGUCGUGGGCGAGCCUAAAGAGUUCAGUAGCAAAAAAAAAAAAAAAAAAAAAAA